UGACCGGCAUCGACUAAUCAGGGCCAGGCUCGAUGAGGCUUUGUCUCCCGACCGCGCGCGGGUCCGAUUCUCCCGCCUCCCAGCGCCGGCGCACGCGCGCCCCGCCCAGCCUGCCUUCUCUCCGCGCCCUCCCCUCUCCUUUCUCCCUCUCAGAACCUUCCUGCCGCCGCGUUCGCACCUCGCUGCUCCAGCGUCUGGGGCGCAUUCCAACCUUCCAGCCUGCGACCUGCAGAAAAAAAAAUUACUUAUUUUCUUGCCCCAUACAUACCUUGAGGCGAGCAAAAAUAAAUAAAUUUUAACCAUGAGGGAAAUCGUGCACAUCCAGGCCGGUCAAUGUGGCAACCAGAUCGGUGCCAAGUUCUGGGAGGUGAUCAGUGAUGAACAUGGCAUUGACCCCACCGGCACCUACCACGGGGACAGCGACCUGCAGCUGGACCGCAUCUCCGUGUACUACAAUGAAGCCACAGGUGGCAAAUAUGUUCCUCGUGCCAUCCUGGUGGAUCUAGAACCUGGGACCAUGGACUCUGUUCGCUCAGGUCCUUUUGGCCAGAUCUUUAGACCAGACAACUUUGUAUUUGGUCAGUCUGGGGCAGGUAACAACUGGGCCAAAGGCCACUACACAGAGGGGGCUGAGCUGGUUGAUUCUGUCCUGGAUGUGGUACGGAAGGAAGCAGAGAGCUGUGACUGCCUGCAGGGCUUCCAGCUGACCCACUCACUGGGUGGAGGCACAGGCUCUGGAAUGGGCACUCUCCUUAUCAGCAAGAUCCGAGAAGAGUACCCUGAUCGCAUCAUGAACACCUUCAGUGUAGUUCCUUCACCCAAAGUAUCUGACACCGUGGUCGAGCCCUACAAUGCCACCCUCUCCGUCCAUCAGUUGGUAGAGAACACUGAUGAGACCUAUUGCAUUGACAACGAGGCCCUCUAUGAUAUCUGCUUCCGUACUCUGAAGCUGACCACACCAACCUACGGGGAUCUGAACCACCUUGUCUCAGCCACCAUGAGCGGUGUCACCACCUGCCUCCGCUUCCCUGGCCAGCUCAAUGCUGACCUCCGCAAGUUGGCAGUCAACAUGGUCCCCUUCCCACGCCUCCAUUUCUUUAUGCCUGGCUUUGCCCCUCUCACCAGCCGUGGAAGCCAGCAAUAUCGAGCUCUUACAGUGCCAGAACUCACCCAGCAGGUCUUCGAUGCCAAGAACAUGAUGGCUGCCUGUGACCCCCGCCACGGCCGAUACCUCACCGUGGCCGCUGUCUUCCGUGGUCGGAUGUCCAUGAAGGAGGUCGAUGAGCAGAUGCUUAACGUGCAGAACAAAAACAGCAGCUACUUUGUGGAAUGGAUCCCCAACAACGUCAAGACAGCUGUCUGUGACAUCCCACCUCGUGGCCUCAAGAUGGCAGUCACCUUCAUUGGCAACAGCACGGCCAUCCAGGAGCUCUUCAAGCGCAUCUCGGAGCAGUUCACUGCCAUGUUCCGCCGGAAGGCCUUCCUCCACUGGUACACAGGCGAGGGCAUGGACGAGAUGGAGUUCACUGAGGCUGAGAGCAACAUGAACGACCUCGUCUCUGAGUAUCAGCAGUACCAGGAUGCCACCGCAGAAGAGGAGGAGGAUUUCGGUGAGGAGGCCGAAGAGGAGGCCUAAGGCAGAGCCCCCAUCACCUCAGGCUUCUCAGUUCCCUUAGCCGUCUUACUCAACUGCCCCUUUCCUCGCCCUCAGAAUUUGUGUUUGCUGCCUCUAUCUUGUUUUUUUUCUUCUGGGGGGGGUCUAGAACAGUGCCUGGCACAUAAUAGGCGCUCAAUAAAUACUUGUUUGUUGAAUGUCUCCUCUCUCUUUCCACUCUGGGAAACCUGGGUUUCUGCCAUUCUGGUGACCCUGUAUUUCCUUCUGAUGCCCAUUCCUUCCAUCUGUCCAGUUAAUAUUUCCCUCUUAAAAAUUUCCAAGACGCUGGGUCUCAUCCAGAUCCCAUUUAGAACCAACCAGGUGCUGAAAACCCAUGUAGAUAACGGCCACCAUCCUAAGCCCAAAGUAGAAAGUGGUAGAAGGUAGUGGGUAGAAGUCACUAUAUAAGGAAGGGGAUGGGAUUUUCCAUUCUAAAAGUUUUGGAGAGGGAAAUCCAGGCUAUUAAAGUCACUAAUUUCCAAGUACGUCCAUUUCCCAUCUCAGCUUCAAGGGAGGUGUCAGCAGUAUUAUCUCCACUUUCAAUCUCCCUCCAAGCUCUACUCUUUGGAGGGGUCUGGCCCACUCUGUCAAGUGGAAUCCUUCCCUUUCCAACUCUACCUCCCUCAUUCGAACUCCUUUCCCCUUAUCAGAGAAAGGGAUCAAGGGGGCAGGGGCGGGGGGAAAGAGACCAGCCUUGGUCCCUAAGCCUCCAGAAACGUCCUCUGAAUCCCCACCUUUUCUUACCCCCAAAAAAGAACAAGCAGCCCUGACUGUGGAAUGGUGUAUACUGCCACAUCAGUGUUUGAGUCAAUCCCCAGAGGAGUGGGGAACCCUCCAUCUUUUUUUGCAACAUCUCAUUUCUUCAUUUUGCUGUUGCUUCCCCCCGCACACACUUGGUUUUGUUCUUUCCUACAUUUGAGAUUUCUAUUUUGUGUUGAACUUGUUGCUUUUUUUCAUAUUGAAAAGAUGACAUCGCCCCAAGAGCCAAAAAUAAAUGGGAAUUGAAAAAA